AGUGUUCUCUCAAAAUGGCUUCCGUCGAAGCUUUGACCAGUGUAGGUUUCUUAUUGUUUUUAUUUCGUUUAUCCGUCGCUUCAGUACCUGGUGAACGACACGUCAAAUUCCAAUAUAAGCAUAGUUUUAAAGGACCGCAUUUAGUGAAUAAAGAUGGAGCAAUUCCUUUUUGGAAUCACGGAGGAAGUGCUAUCCCCAGCGAUGACCAGAUUAGAUUGACUCCUUCAAUGACUAAUAAAAAAGGUUAUGCCUGGACAAAAAGCACCUUUCCUCAUGAGUGGUGGGAAAUAGAAGUAGCCUUGAAAGUAACUGGAAGAGGGAGGCUUGGUGGAGAUGGUGUGGCCAUUUGGUUUACAGAAACUGCAGGCAUCGAGGGUCCUGCAUUUGGAAAUACUAACACAUGGAAAGGUCUUGGUGUUUUCCUUGAUUCAUUUGACAAUGAUCAGCAGGGAAAUAAUCCAUUCAUUUCAGUAAUGUUAAAUGAUGGAAAUCAGAUUUAUGAUCAUAACAAAGAUGGACAGGAUCUUCAACGAGGUGGCUGCUUACGAGAUUUUCGUAAUCGACCAAACCCAGUUAGACUUAGAAUACGCUAUUAUGAGAAUGUGCUCACGGUGUGGGUACAUAUGGGAAUGACCCCUAAACCUGAAGACUUUGAGCUCUGCACUCGUCUUGAAAACAUAAGCCUGGCCAAAAAUGGCUUCUUUGGUGUAUCUGCAGCUACAGGUGGCUUAGCAGAUGACCAUGAUGUUCUUUCUUUUAUUACCCACUCACUCACUCCACCUAAGGACACACAGGGUGAAACAGGAAUGAGUGAAGAAGAGCAAAAGAAGCUUGCAGAGCAGUAUGAAGAAUACCAAAAGAAACUGGAGCAACAAAGAGAGGAGUACAAGACAGCUCACCCUGACAAAGUCAAGAAACCUGAAGCAGAGUAUGAGAGUGCUUAUGAAAGAGAUGUUCGUUUGGUAUAUGAAGGACAAAAUGCUCUUCAUCAAAUGAUCAGCAACCUUCACUCUAAAGUUGGUGAAUUAACAGUACAAGUAAAUACACUAUACACAUUGGUAACAACAGAUCAUAACCAGAUUGGACAAGUGGUUAGACAUGACCAAACCAUCAAUAGACAAGAAGUGAACACACUAAUAAAUAUGCAACAGCAACUCAGUUCUAAGCUGCAAGAAAUCAGCAACUUAAUGAGUCAAGGAGGUAAUAUGGAGAGAAGAGAUGUUGGUGACUCAGCUGGCGUUAAUUCUAAACUUAGUGACAUGCAGAAUGCAAUUGAAUCACUAACACACUCAGUCAAUAGUGUGGCAACUAAACAACAAAUGAUGAGUGGUCAAGAGAAAAAAGAAUGCCCCCCUCCCUCACCCAUGCCACAGUGUAUAGGUCCAGGAUACUUUGUGGUUUUAAUUGUGGCCCAGUUAAUUAUGCUGAUUGGUUACAUUGGAUACAAAAAUCAAAAGGAGGCUGCUGCCAAGAAAUUCUUUUAGGAAUUUUUGUUAAAUUAUCUUUGACAUGUUAGUCUGUAUUACAGGCUUGGGCGGGAUGUUUGGAAUGAAAUGAAAAUAUUACUGUGUGACCUUUUACUGUACUAGCACUAAACUGCAGCACAGUGUCCACGAAUUCAACAUACUAGGAGAUAAAGUUCCAAUUGAUAGGAGAUUUUUUAACUUUUGUGCCACAGAAAGAAUUUAAAAGUUGGCUACCUCAUUUUUUUUUUAGUACAAGUUAUUGGCAUGUUACUGAAGAUUAUUGGCUCUUUUGUUAGAGCCUUUCCCCAAGAAAAGUAAUAAUGACAUCUAGAAGGCAACAGUGUGAGGUCUGUCAACAUAAUUUUCAUUUGUCGUCUGUGUAAAAUUACAUGACAGUAAACUUUAAAAUGUUAUUUGUCAUUUGUAAAAUCUAUAAAGUUGUGUUUGUUAAAUAUGAAUUAAAAAACCUUUUAGGAACAAAUUUAAAAGCACUUGUUUCAAAAAUGAUGUACUCAAGCUGAAUUGUAUUUAUCAUCUCUAAAUUGUCACUUAUGGAUCUUGAAAUUUGUGGGAAAAAAAGCUAGAACCCUUAAAUGAACUUUGCUGUUUCUGAUGCAAUACAUAACCCAAGUUAAAUUUGAGGUAGAGAGUUUUCUUGAGGCAUUUUGGUGUUGUUACUCAAUAUAAUGUAUUUGGAAUAGAUGGAGAUUGUCCAUAGACUUUAUGUCAUAUUAAAAAAGUAAACUGGUAUAAUUAAAAAAAAAUUAAGGAUGUGCCAGGUGUGAUGUAAAAUACACAGCAAUGUUAGUGAACAUCUCUCCUGUACAUCAAGUUUUAAAGUUUGAACAUUGCAAGUGUUGCCAUACGUACUACUCUCUGCAUUUCCAGUAUCAACAUAUGGUUCUCAAACUUUCAUCAAUAAAAAUUAUGUUUCA